ACUAAGCCUUUAAAACAAGUUUGGACUUUCCCGUGACAAUCCCUUGUGACAACUAACCCCACUUUCCUCGUCGUUUAUUUGACAUCCACAGACAAUUUUAAUAAUAUCACACACCAGCACAGGUAUUGCGGAAGUGACGCCACGAGCCCCGGAAGAAGGGGGGAUGAAGCGUUUCAUGGAGCAAGAUGGCAGCAAAAUCCGAUGGCGUGGGGGUCGUUACCGGUUUCGCCCAGCUGCACAACCUGGACGAAGCGACCGGUGCCGGCGACGAGGACGCUCUGGACAGCGCGGCCAUACACAUCUGCCACUGCUGCCACUCGUCGUCGUGUUACUGGGGCUGCCGGAGCGCGUGUCUGCAGUCUCUGCUCGGGAAGAGUGAUGCUGGAGGAUGGAGACGGCCGCAGCAUCAGCACCAGCUGGAGGAGCGCCUGUGGCUGGACUGUCUGUGGAUCAUCCUGGCGCUGCUCGUCUUCUUCUGGGAUGUCGGGACGGACUUGUGGCUGGCCGUCGACUACUAUUCCAAGCGGGACUAUCUGUGGUUCGGGCUGACCCUGUUCUUCGUGCUGGUGCCGUCGGUGCUGGUCCAGAUUCUGAGUUUCAGGUGGUUUGUUCAGGACUACACCGGCGGUGGCACGGGGGCCGUGGAGGGGCUCAGCAAAAACGCCGCGGCGGAUUUAAGUUCGCGCAUCUACAGCAGGGACCGAUGGUGUAUGAUCUCUAUUUGGAUAUGGCACGCUUGCGUGCACGUACUUCAGAUGGGGCAGGUGUGGAGGUACAUCCGCACGAUGUAUCUGGGCAUUCAGAGUCGACGGCGGAAGGAGCACAGGCGGCGCUUUUACUGGGCGAUGAUGUACGAGUACGCUGACGUCAACAUGCUCCGCCUGCUGGAGACGUUUUUGGAGAGCGCCCCCCAACUGGUGCUACAGCUCUGCAUAAUGAUCCAGAAGAACCGAGCCGAGACGCUGCAGUGCGUCUCCUCGGUGGCCUCGCUGCUCUCCUUGGCCUGGGUCCUCGCCUCGUACCACAAGCUCCUGCGGGAUUCCCGAGACGACAAAAAGAGCAUGAGCUACCGAGGCGCUCUGAUCCACAUUUUCUGGAGGCUUUUCACCAUCUCGUCGCGGGUGCUCUCCUUCGCCCUCUUCGCUUCCGUCUUUCACAUCUACUUCGGCAUCUUCGUGGUGGUGCACUGGUGCGCCAUGGCCUUCUGGAUCGUGCACGGCGGCACGGAUUUCUGCAUGUCCAAAUGGGAAGAGGUGCUCUUUAACAUGGUGGUGGGCAUCGUCUACAUCUUCUGCUGGUUCAACGUGAAGGAGGGCCGAACCAGGUACCGCAUGGUGAUCUACUACUUCGUGGUGCUCGUCGAAAACACGGUGCUGACUUGCCUGUGGUACGCGUACAGAGACCCGGUCGCCACCGAUUCCUACGCGGUGCCGGUGCUCUGCGGAGUGUACCUAACCUUCGCCUCAGGGGUGGCGCUCAUGGGCAUCUACUACGGGUUCCUCCAUCCCAUGGGACCCAAAAUAAGGCUGCUAGCUGGUUCCUGCUGCGCUGAGCUCCUCUGGGGACUUCCUUUUCCCCCGGAGGCCGAGCCCAUGGCGCCCGGUCCCCAGACGUCCCAGCCCAUCCCCACGCGGGCUUCCACGGGGGCUUUCGUCCAAGAGGACGAUGACGAUGCGGCACACACCUGUCUACCGGUGUUUCAGGUGCGCGAGCCCGCUCCGCCCUCGGGCCGGUACAGGCUGGACGGACCGCUCAUCAAGAUCGACAUGCCCAGGAAACGUUACCCGGCCUGGGACGCCCACUUUGUGGACAGGCGCUUGAGAAGAACGAUAAACAUCCUCCAGUUUAUGACCCCCACGGCCGUCGGGAUCCGAUACAGGGACGGACCGCUGCUGUACGAGCUGUUGCAAUACGAGUCGUCCCUGUGACAGCCGGCGCUCUCCUUCAUUUCUCAUCCAUGUUUUUUAUUUCAGCCAUUCAGAUGUAUUCUUGUUUCUCCAAAUGCAUGUCAUUUUGCUUUCGGGGGAAAAACAAAAUAGCAUAAUUCUGCGUACAAGAGGAACAACAAGCGUUACCAUGGAGCAAGCGACAAGUGUAUAUAUUUGAUAUGUACAUACAGUCUGUAUUUUUACAGUAUCUGUUUAGGAACAUUUGUACGUGUCUUGGUGUUUACAGCAAGCUAAAACCAUUACAUUGGAGAAAUGGAGAUGGGUUGAACACAUCAGCACAGCCUUGUGUGUUUAACAGUUCAUUUUUCACACAUUGUUCUACUGCCUGAUUGGAUGUAUCAGGCUUUUUACGUCUGAUAUUUCAGAUCUUAAUUUUACACCGUUGCCUCCAGCAUUCAGUUGUUUUUAUUUAGUUAUUGUCAACACCGCUGACCUGCAGGCAAGAACUACAUCCCAUGUCUGCCUAUAAUCUGAAUUUAAAGGAUUAAAAAAGAUUUAAAGUUAUAAAGGAAAUACCUCUUUUGACUGGUAUAGCGCAUCAUGUUUGUGAAACGUUUUGCACAGUAUGACGAACGUCGAGUCUGUAAUUUAGUGGGAGUAAAAAGGAUUCAAAGCACAACAAAUAGGGAAUGUCUUUGAAGUGACCUUGAAUGCUUGGAUGGCUAAAGUGCCCAAUUCAGAUUUUCUCCCCAAAUGUGAUUUUGUUUUCUUCGUUUCUGAUGUCAACCCGAAUGCAGAACAUAUUCUUCCCUGAUAUUUUUCCUGAUAUCAUUUAUUGAAGGGAUAGUUCACACUGUCUUCGUUUAUUCACCCUUGUGUCAUUCAGAACCUCUAUGCGACUCUUUCUUCAGUGGAACACAACAGAAGAUAUUUUGAGAAAUGUGUCAGUGGUUUUGUGUCCAUACAAUGGAAGUCAAUGGGGCUUAAUGUUGUUUGGUUUUCAACAUUCUUCAAAAUAUAUUAUUUUGUGUUCUGCAGAAAAAAGAAAGUCAUACGGGUUUGAAUGAUCAGAAUUUUCAUUUUUGGGUGAACUGCCCCUGUAACAAUCAAUAUUAUUUUAUUUGUAAUAUUUACGUAGGGUUGUCAAACGAUUGUGAUGUGUUUACAUAAUAUAUGUCUGUGU